CGCGGGGCAGGUACGCGCUCUCUUAGGUUGCUGGUGGAGCUUGGGGGUGGCGGGAGCGGGUUCCGGCGAGAGGGUGAGCGAGCGCUGGGGCGGGGCGGGAGAAAGUGGCUGCCCGAGGACCUCGGCGGUGACGCGUGGCCGAGCCCAGGAGCCCCGAUCUCCGUGCCCGCCUUCGUGAGCGUCUGGCUGCCGGCCCAGGGGUCCCCCGCCGCGGCCCCCCGCCGAGUCCGCCGUCCCGUGCCAGCCCGAGCGAGGUGGGAUCGCGAUCGCUCCGUGUCCCGCUCCCGUAAUCCCCAGACCGUCCAUGCCCACGCGGGUGCUGACCAUGAGCGCCCGCCUGGGACCACUGCCCCAGCCGCCGGCCGCGCAGGACGAGCCCGUGUUCGCGCAGCUCAAGCCGGUGCUGGGCGCUGCGAACCCGGCCCGCGACGCGGCGCUCUUCUCCGGAGACGAUCUGAAACACGCGCACCACCACCCGCCUGCGCCGCCGCCAGCCGCUGGCCCGCGACUGCCCUCGGAGGAGCUGGUCCAGACAAGAUGUGAAAUGGAGAAGUAUCUGACCCCUCAGCUCCCUCCAGUUCCGAUAAUUUCAGAGCAUAAAAAGUAUAGACGAGACAGUGCCUCAGUGGUAGACCAGUUCUUCACUGACACUGAAGGCAUACCUUACAGCAUCAACAUGAACGUCUUCCUCCCUGACAUCACUCACCUGAGAACUGGCCUCUACAAAUCCCAGAGACCAUGCGUAACACAGAUCAAGACAGAACCUGUUACCAUUUUCAGCCACCAGAGCGAGUCGACGGCCCCUCCUCCUCCUCCGGCCCCCACCCAGGCUCUCCCCGAGUUCACUAGUAUCUUCAGCUCCCACCAGACCACAGCGCCACCACAGGAGGUGAACAAUAUCUUCAUCAAACAAGAACUUCCUAUACCAGAUCUUCAUCUCUCUGUCCCUUCCCAGCAGGGCCACCUGUACCAGCUGUUGAAUACACCGGAUCUAGACAUGCCCAGUUCGACAAACCAGACGGCAGUAAUGGACACCCUUAAUGUUUCUAUGGCAGGCCUUAACCCACACCCCUCUGCUGUUCCACAGACGUCAAUGAAACAGUUCCAGGGCAUGCCCCCUUGCACGUACACCAUGCCAAGUCAGUUUCUUCCACAGCAGGCCACCUACUUUCCCCCGUCACCACCAAGCUCAGAGCCUGGAAGUCCCGAUAGACAAGCUGAGAUGCUGCAGAAUCUCACCCCACCUCCGUCCUAUGCCGCUACAAUUGCUUCCAAACUGGCGAUUCACAACCCAAAUUUACCUGCCACUCUGCCAGUUAAUUCGCCAACUCUCCCACCUGUCAGAUACAACAGAAGGAGUAACCCGGAUCUGGAGAAGCGACGUAUCCACUUCUGCGAUUAUAAUGGUUGCACAAAAGUUUAUACAAAGUCGUCUCACUUAAAAGCUCACCUGAGGACUCAUACGGGCGAGAAGCCCUACAAGUGCACCUGGGAGGGCUGCGACUGGAGGUUUGCCCGGUCGGAUGAGCUGACCCGCCACUACAGGAAGCACACGGGCGCCAAGCCGUUCCAGUGCAUGGUGUGCCAACGCAGCUUCUCCCGCUCCGACCACCUCGCGCUGCACAUGAAGCGCCACCAGAACUGAGCGAGCGAGCGCUGCGCCCACCCGCCUGACGCCUUGCAGUCCGCUCUGCCAUCCUUUAAACCGCAGACCUAACUUCAUAAAAA